AACUAGAGAUGGGUUUUUGUGCGACUCUGUUUCUCCUCUUCUUUGGAUGCGUCCUCUGCUCCGGGUUCCCGCUGCGUCAGUACCACUACGUGCAGCAGCCGAUGAACUGGGCCAGUGCUCAGAGCUACUGCAGAGAGCAUUACUCCGACCUGGCGACCUUCGAGAGCGCCGCUGACAUACAGACGCUGAACGCUGAUUUUCACUAUCAGCUGGCGUGGCUGGGACUGAGGGACGGCCCUGAGCUCAGUGACACCUGGAGAUGGUCAUCGACCGGUGAAACCAGCAGAACUGGUUAUCAGCCCUGGCUAAUACAUGAACCGAGCAACAGCGCUGGAGAAAACUGUGUGAGGAUGGACACGAAUGGACAAUGGUGCGAUGGGGCUUAUGAUGGACAACAUCCUCGAACGUAUCACUACAUCACACUUGGGAAAACUUGGUAUGCUUCUAUGGAAUACUGCAGAGGUCACUACACAGACUUGGCUAUGAUCGAGAACCAAAAGGAAAACUCCCAGGUCAUAAGUGUGAAACCCUCUUCUAUCGUAGUUUGGAUCGGUCUGUACCGAGGACCGUGGACGUGGUCCGACUUGUCUCAAAGCUCCUUUAGGAACUGGAAGACGUUGAGUUUAGAAAACUUCAUUGGCAACGGGUCCUGCGCGGUGGAGAAUCCGCUCCACGAGUGGAGCUACUUACCCUGUGAGGACAGAUACCCGUUCAUCUGUCAACAAGUUCCAAGACAGAAGACGGUGUUGAGGAUGAAGGUCGAGACUGAGGCGGACCUGAUGGAUCCAGCUGUUAAUGCCCAGAUCCUCCAGCAGCUCAGUGCAGCGCUCACAAGUCAGAAGGGGAUCAACUUCACUCUGCGGUGGAAGGUUCAGCCCAGAAAACAACAGACAACCCGACUGACGGACCCCGCAGCCCUUUGAGCGCUCCCCGGCAAACUUUCUGAAUCCUUCGGACGCACUUUGGAAACGUUGGCACUUCUGCAGACUUUGCUAAAGGGGAAAUUACCCAGAGUUCAUAGCGCUGUAAUAUUGAAGGAGACACCAAUCUCUACAUCGUAACUAUAAACACGUAGCUCUGUGCUAAUUUUAGAAUUUGUGUAGCAUCUUGUCCUGAUCCUUGGUGAUUUAAAACUCUCCCCUCGUCAACUCUGUAGAAAAAGUCUGGAACUCAAUGUCAGACUGUUGAUUGGGUCUUGUAGCCUUCACUGAGUCGUCAGCCUCAUAUCACAUGACCCCCUUCAAGAAGAAAAACACCAAUCAGCUCAUUCUAUUUAAGCCACACCCAUACCGCAAUAUUUUCAAACUAAAACCUUCCUGUCCUUUUGUAUCUUCUAAUACAAUUCUAACAUUUGAAUGUAGCAACAGGUCAUAUCAAAAUAGACGUUCAAGACAGAUAAAUAUAAAUCAUUACAAAAUAUAGAAAGCAGGGGAAACAUUUGACUGCAUCAACAAAGUUGUCUGUGAUUUCUUACAGAGGAGCACAGAGUGAGGGUGAUGAAGGUUGGCCCAAGGUCGUCUGUGAGCAGUUGGGAAGAUCCCAGUCAAAUCAGUGUCUGUGGAAUAAUAUCAGUUUGCAUUUAAUUUGGAUCUGAGCUGCGUCAGGUUUUUCUGUCAGAGGUUUAGUGGUAAAUUAUCGAGUAGACACUUGAACCCUUGAGUUAAUACAAGUAACAUCCAAUACUUAAUAACAGAGUAAAAGUACAACAGGAUUUAAAUAGCUUAUAUGUAGAAGUUGUUUUCUUUCUUAUGUUUUUCAGU